GAAUGGCCACACAAACCCUUUGUCAUCGGUCACUCCACCGUUCGUUUUUCAGUUCCGUGCGUGCGAUUACGGAUAACGGCGGAUUCGCGGGAUUAGUCUGAUUACAAGCAGAAGAAGAAGAACUUCUACAAAAACUUCAUAAACUCCAGCAGCAUGCUCUACAAGGCGCUCUCGACGGUGAAGUUGAAAGUGGAGUUCAAGCCAGUGGUCGACAACUUCGUUUUUCGCCUUCAUUACAAAUACACUUACACCAUAUUCAUGGUUUGCGUCGUCCUCACGACUGUCUAUGACAUCGUAGGUAAGCAGAUAGACUGCAUGAACCCAAUGAGCCAGUUAUCCGAAGAUAAAGCGAAGGCCUUCAAAGAAGUGGUCGAUGCUUACUGUUUCAUCAUGGGAACGUUCACGGUGGAACGCCACCACGUCACCGCCCAGGAACUGGAAUCUCCCUCCGUUCCACACCCAGGCGUUGGACCCAUGAAGAGGGGCGAGCCGGUGAUUUACCAUUCCUAUUACCAGUGGGUGCCCUUUGUGCUGCUCACGCAGGGGGUCCUAUUUUACGUCCCUCACUGGCUGUGGAAGUCGUUCGAAGGAGGAAUGUUCAAGAACGUGAUACAGAACCUUUCCAUCAAGGACUACCUCGGAAAUGGCAAGGGGAUUGGAAAUUACUUCACCAGAGAAACGCAGUUUGAAGCCCUGUCGAAGUUCAUCCGGUACCACAUGAGGAACCAGCGCUGGUGGGCGCUCAAGUUUUUCUUCUGCGAAUCCUUGAACCUUCUCGUCGCCUUGGGGAUGAUAUCCUUCACGGACUGGUUCCUCGGAGGAGAGUUCCUCCACUAUGGGGUCAAUGUCAUCGACGUUCUGAGCCAGGAUCCCGAAAAUCGAACAGACCCCAUGUCUCGGGUCUUCCCCAAAAUGACCAAGUGCGUCUUCAGGAGUUUUGGGUCCUCCGGCACCAUCCAGAUUCACGAUGUCAUGUGCCUUAUCGCCACAAACAUCAUCAAUGAGAAGAUCUAUGUGUUCCUGUGGGCUUGGUUGUUGAUCUUGACAGCAGUCACAACCGUCUGGCUCAUGUAUCGCCUCCUCACCAUUGUCCUCCCUCCGUUCAGAAACUUCGUUUUAAUGCGAUGCGUAGAGAAAUCGAGGAGGGGAGACUUGUCCAUCAUUCUUGGCCAACAUUCCACCCUGAGCGAGUGGCUGCUGUUGACUCAGCUGGCAACAAACAUGGACACGGGAGUAUUCAGCGAUUUCGUUCACGACUUCGCCCAAGACCUUUUCCACACCACUGCCACACUUCGGGUAGAUGACGUCAGAAGGAAGAGACUGCUGACUUGAUUCUCCCCAACUUACAGAUAACACUGGUUACAUCGAAACCGCUGCUUGAAGCGUUUUUCAUCCCGUGUGUUAUAUAGAUGACAGGGGUGAAAAUGAACUGUGUUCUGUUUUUCCUUAAAUUUAACGGGUAUACUUUUCUUUAAGCGGGUCUAGUUUUUAAGCAAUUUUCCUUAAUUUCCAAAGUCGUGAUAUUGCUUUGGCUAAAUAUUAUAACAUUUUAUGCGCACGAGUACAAAUUCACGUCAUCUUGAAGCUUGCCUCAGUUCCUGAAAUUACAACGGACUUUUUAUCAAA